UUGGAAGACCUCUGGAGUAGUAGUCCAACAAUAUUGCCCACUUCAGGUAUUGAGUACUUUGGACAUGGUCCAGAACCACAGGACGACUCCGACGGAAGCGCCUUCAUGUUCGACAUCGAUCUCGAAGAAGACCCCUCGGACGUUGGAGCGGUAGUGGUUGGGUACGAGAAGCACUUCAACUACCACAAGCUGAUGAAAGCUGCCAACUAUCUCCAGUGCAGACACUGCCUAUUCUUGGCUACAAAUGAGGAUGAGACAUGUCCAGGACCAAAUCCAGAUGUAGUAACUCCCGAUGCAGGUCCACUGGUAGCAGCUGUACGUUGUGCUUCUGGGAGAGAGCCAAUCACUGUCGGAAAGCCGAACACCCCAGCUUUUGACUAUAUAAGAAGACGAUGGAAUAUAAAUCCCGAACGGACGAUGAUGAUUGGCGACAGGACCAACACCGACGUCAAGUUUGGCCGAGAUCACGGACUGAAGACGCUGCUGGGUGGAGUGAGGUGGCCUCGAAUGAGCCGGUCUUCAGACGGCGGUGGAACUUUCUUGGGUCUUUUCCAAGCAUUCAAGGAGGAGUGCAAACGAUACGCCAAGCAGAAACGUCUAGCGAUUUGCAACAAGGCAAAGUUGUACAACAUGAUGCAAAACGAAGCGAAUGCGGAAGAACUGACUUCGGACAGCUUUGCAAGCCUUCUUGAUGAAUUUGACACCUUCAUUUGCGGAGCAGACGGCCUGGUCUGGCUCCGCGAAGGCGUCAUCACUGAAGCUUCAAGCCUAAUUAAUCUACUGAUUAACCAUAAGAAAAAGGUCAUCAUACUAUCUAACGACACCACCCAUACUCGAGCGGAACACGAGAGGAAACUGGCUGAACAUCGAUUCAGUCCGAGAAUCACGAAAGAUUUGAUAGUGACACCAGGGCAAAUUGUAGCUGAUCACAUCAAGAACGCAGGGAACUACUAUGAUAAGAAAGUUUACCUCGUCGCCGCAGAAGGCGUUGAGGACGAGCUUAAAAAUAAUGGAAUAGAAUACUUUGGGCAAGGACCAGACACGUUGGAAUCGUCAGGGAAGGAAGCUGUUGUUUUCAACACCGAUAUGGCCGUCAAGAGAGAAGAAGUAUGCGCUGUGGUGGUUGGCUUCGAUAAGCAUUUUAAUUACAAGAAGAUGAUGAAAGCAGCCAACUACCUGAAGAAUCCGAAUUGCCUCUUUCUGGCGACAAACGACGACGCCACAUUUCCGUGGAUAUUCUCUCAGCUCAUGUUGAGCUCUCAAAGCUCCCUUUCCAGGAUAAACACAGACGUGAAAUUCGGUCGAGACCACGGUCUACGCACACUGCUUGUGUUCAAUGAGGCACAUCAAAUGGACGAGUUGGAGAAGAUACGGUCAAGUGGACGAGUCGAUCUGCUGCCCGACUACUACGCUACCUCUAUUGCAUCAAUCCUUCCACAAAUCAAACAACCAUGA